AUGGCUCGCUUCAGCGCUAGUAAUAUUCUGGGCGAUCCUUUCGCAUUGGCCACCGUUUCUAUAUCAAUCCUUGCUUGGCUCAUCUCGUUUAUCGGUUCGAUCAUCGCCAAUGUUCAGACAGAUUUCCCCAACUACGUCUGGUGGGCGGUCGCCUACAUGAUCUGCGUCAUCGCUGGUAUCGUUGUCGUUAUGGGCUCUGAUACUAGCCUGGCAUAUGGCAAUGCAAUUACUGGAUAUCUUUCUGCUGGCCUGGUAUUCACCACUUUGGCUGUGAACUCUUUGGUUUACCAACCGCAACCAUCGAAGCAGGCUGCUGCUGCUGGUUUUAUCUUGUUGUCUAUGAUCAUUAUCAUCUGGAUAUUCUACUUUGGUUCCACACCCCAGGCAGGCCACCGCCGGACUAUCGACUCGUUCGCAUUGAAUAAGGAAGGAAAUUCGUACCACAACAGCCGCCCGCAAUCCAACGCUUUCGGCACUCGUCCUGGUACCACAGUCAGCCAGCCCCCUCAGAUGUACACCUCAGCUCAGCUCAAUGGAUUCGAGACAUCUUCGCCCAUGUCCGGCUACCCAGGUGGCCCCCCGGGCUCUGACAAGCGCAACACAACUGCCACCAACUUCCCUACCAGCGGUGCCGUGGACUCUUCGAAUGAAGUCAGUCAACCAACGGAAUACCCCUACAAGGCCAAGGCCAUCUACUCGUAUGAUGCGAACCCUGAUGAUGCCAAUGAAAUCAGCUUCGCCAAGGGCGAGGAACUCGAAGUAUCCGAUGUCAGCGGCCGAUGGUGGCAAGCAAGAAGAGCAAACGGAGAGACGGGUAUUGCCCCCUCGAAUUACCUCAUCUUGCUUUAG